CGCGACGUCCAGAAGGUGAGGACGAGAAGAGGGUGGUGGUUUCUCCAGCGCUCCUGACGGCCACUCCUUCCAAGCCGGAUCACAUCUCACCUCGCUCCUUCCAGGGUGGUAUGUUGCCACUUGUCAAUGGAUUGUUACAAGGACGAGAAAAAAAUCGUGGAUGACGAGUCGCCCUCGGGACGUCAGAAGCCCUUGGAAGUCAGCCCUUUUUCGAUCGAGAGCAUACUCGGACCGAGGGCCUGCAGCCCGCUUCCUCCCCGGCAUCCGGCCGGGCAAGAACAAAUUUUUCCUGAUAAUUUACCAGGCAUUGAAGUUCUUCCAAGUGUAAGUCACAGCGUCCCAUCUAGCAAUAUAUACAACAACCUUCAAUAUUCAACUAUACUUUAUGGCAGUUGGUUUGCAGCCGCGUCGAAAACUCAAGCGCUUUUUGGAUUACAAGCGCCAAAGCCGAUCGGAAGGAGAUCCAGAAAACCGGGAAUGGACAGGAAACCACGUCAGGCAUACAGUGCGAAACAAUUGGAGAGGUUGGAGUCUGAAUUUAAUACAGAUAAAUAUCUAAGUGUGAGCAAGAGAAUGGAGUUGUCCAAGGCGUUGAAUUUGACUGAAGUUCAGAUAAAAACAUGGUUCCAGAACCGAAGGACAAAGUGGAAGAAGCAGUUGGCGUCCCGGUUGAAGAUAGCGCACAGGCAGACGCCGAUUUUCUUCCCUCAUCAAUAUUCACCGGUUUUUAGCCAUUCAUCAUCGUUUUAUAUGUCAAACCCUCUAACAUGCCCGAUCCCUGAUUCACCAGAUCCUAUGAAACCUCUGUCUAUGAGUCAAGACAAUCUAGAUAUGUAGACAUUUCUGUACAUACCCGGCCAUUUAUUGUAAAUAU